AUGGCGGAGAACGACGACUCGCCAAAGUUAAACACCAAUAUUUCCUCUUUUCGCCAAAAUAGGAAAAGCGGCAUACUAAACCAAAUUGUUCACAAGAAUAUCCGCUAUACUGGAGACGGUGAAGAUUGUGUAGAUAAAGCGAUAGGUUACAGCAUUACUGGCGGUGUAUUCGGUACACUAUAUGGCGCAAUGUACGUCGCGUUAGCCUACGAAAAACCACAACCGUACCCGCCUCUCUACCGCCCCGGUAUUAUAAAUCUAGGAAAACUUGCUACCUGUACAGUUACCUUUGCUGCUACCGGUAGCAUGUUUGCUGUAACAAGCUGCUAUACAAGCUAUGUUCGCGGAAAAGACGACUCUGUCAAUCAAUUUAUUGGAGGAUUUGGUGCCGGAUUAGUCAUUGGAGCUAAAUUCCGCAGUGUAGCAGCUAUGAUCUUGAGUGGAACUCUAAUAGGAGUCACUUCUGCCAGCCUUAGAUACCUCGACUUACAUCGAGGUAUCGAGACUUUCGUUCCUGAUACAAUCUCACGUUCCAGUAUUCCGGACAAUCGUUAUGGAUGGCAAUCUCCCCUUCCUAAAGAUAGUCAAUCUAUAACCAUCUCCUCAGCGUCAAAGAAACAAGUACCAGAAUGGUAUGAAUCCAAAAAGUCAUUGUAA